AUCGAUAUUCUCUGUUAUGCCAUCUCCAUCAGGUGGACCACUUAGUCCGAGGUAAUCGCAAAAAAAAACUUAAUCGGACUUGGAGUUGGACUUGAAUUCCCAGAGAGAUUUGUGCGAGAUGACGGACAAGCGCAAAUAUAAGAAAACCAAAGAGGAAAUCAGGCGGGAGAUCGCACGGGAGUUUGACCUGCCGGAGCGCAAAUCCAAGAUAGCCACCAUACUCAAGCAGGAAGAUCAGGCGUACUGCAUAUGUCGCACCUCCGACUGCUCCAGGUUCAUGAUAGGCUGCGAUGGCUGUGAGGAGUGGUACCACGGCGACUGCAUAGGGAUCACCGAGAAGGAGGCUAAGCACAUCAAACAGUACUACUGCCGGCGCUGCAAAAAGGAGAAUCCUGAGCUACAGACCAUAUUCCGCCUGGUGGCCACCGAACGGGCAGCCGCGUCGAACGCCGCCUCUACAAGUCUCAAUGCCCCGGGCGUGGGCCCACCAGGCGCUGCGCCUGCUGCUGCACCGUUGGCGCCCGCAGCAAGCAGCCAGCAGGCACCGCCGACCACGGCGGCAAUGAAGCGCAAAAACAGCAGCGCCCGAGAACCAAAGAUGGGCAAACGAUGUGGUACUUGCGAGGGAUGCCGGCGUCCCAAUUGCAAUCAGUGCGACGCAUGUCGCGUUCGCGUGGGCCACAAACCGCGCUGCAUAUUCCGCACCUGCGUCGUCCAGGCGGCGACGGCCCUAAAGGAGACGGCGCCGAGUCAAGCGGGUCCAGGUAGGAAGCGGGAGAAGGCAGCGCCCAAGGAACGCAAUGCCCAGGUGGGCCUGCGGGCGGCCAGUCCGGAGGAUAUCCUUAAUCCGGAAUUGGAGGGCUUGCGCCAGUGCCACGGACCCAAUUGCUGUUGCCAGGCGAGGCCGCAGAGCAAGUACUGCAGCGAUAAAUGUGGCUUCAAUCUAGCUACCAAUCGCAUCUUUCAGGUUCUGCCGCAACGACUGCAAGAGUGGAACCUAACGCCCAGCCGCGCCGCCGAGGAAUCACGCAAGCAUCUUGACAGCAUUCGUCAGAAGCAGUCUCUGGUGCGAUUUGCACUCGCCGAGCUGGAGAAGCGCGCCGAAGAGCUCAACAUGGUGGUGGAGCGAGCCAAACGCAGCUCCAUCGAUACAGUGGGGUCACAAGACACCGCCGACAUGGAGGACGAACAAAGCAUGUACUGCAUUACCUGUGGCCACGAGAUUCACUCGCGUACGGCAAUCAAGCAUAUGGAGAAGUGCUUCAACAAAUACGAAUCGCAGGCCAGCUUCGGGAGCAUAUUCCAAACGCGUAUGGAGGGCAACAAUAUGUUUUGUGAUUUCUAUAACCCGGCAAGUAAGACUUACUGUAAAAGAUUACGGGUAUUGUGUCCGGAGCACAGCAAGGAUCCGAAGGUGAACGACACGGAUGUGUGCGGUUCGCCCUUGGUGAGCAACGUCUUCAAUCCCACGGGCGAAUUUUGUCGCGCGCCCAAGAAGAAUUGCUUUAAGCACUACGCCUGGGAGAAGAUUCGACGGGCGGAAAUCGAUCUGGAACGUGUGCGUCAAUGGCUCAAGAUGGACGACCUGAUGGAGCAGGAGCGCAUGCUGCGGCAGCAACUGACCUCUCGAGCGAAUCUACUUGGCCUGAUGCUGCACUCCACUUACAACCACGAGGUGAUGGACGAGCUGGUGCGUAAACAGCAAGAGCAUCUGGCGGAGUUCGAGAAGCAGAAGCGACGCCAGGCUCACCAGCAACAGGUGCAGGCGCAGCAAAAGCAGUACCAGGAGAAGCAGAAGCUAAUGCAGCAACAACAACAGCAGCAGCAGCAGCAGCAGCAGCAACAACAACAGCAGCAGCAACAACAGCAGCUGCAGCAGCAACAACAGCAACUGCAGCAGCAACAGCAACAGCAAAUGCUGCAACAGCAACAGAAACUGCAGCAGCAACAGCAGCCGCAGCAGCAGUUAGUCCAAUUGCCACAGAAAACUCAAAUUAUAUACCUGCAGCGAAAGCCAUAGAUUCGUAGUCCCCCAAUCAUAGUAAAAACUAACAAUAAACUGACAUGCAAGAAAUAUUUUUGUACGACAAUCCAUCCAGUAAUCUUUUAACUUACCCCCGCCGCAAAGCUUCUAGUGUCGCGUUUCUCCGGGCAACCGCAUAACACGCUCGCCGGCUGUUGAGUUCCCGGCUAGAAGGAGGUUGCUACGCGCCGGGAUCGGGUGUACGCCCAUGUUUGUUAUUGAAAACUAAGCAUCAAAUAUGCAUUUAUUGAUAGCAACCCGCCCGUAAAGGGAAAAGGCUACAUUGGGCCAGCUCACCCAUGGAUAUCAUUCACAUAGAUUACUUUAGCAUGUACGUUAAUAUUAAUUUAUUAAUUUGAUUAAAGCUAUUUAUAAUAUUUUUUAUACACGAUUUGUUUUAUGUUCAUUGUUAGUUUGUAUUUUGGCGCUCUUCCCCUAAUUGUAGGCUUUUUUAAACGCCCUUAAAGUAAUUUUGUUAUUUAUUAGAAUAUUAUUAGAGCAUUAAACAAAGUCAUGGACUACCUA